GAGUGCUUUGAUAAAUAAAAUACUUUCAGAGAAGCCAGAAAAUAUAAUGGAAGGAUUUGAAGAGUAUAGCCGAACCUUGAAAGAAAAAUGGUUCAGAUCAGCUGCAGAUUGUCUUCAGGACCAAUAUAUCAUUCGUAACUAUCCAGAUUACACACAGAAGCUCAUCACUCUAUUUAGGCCUCUUCCAGAAGAAAAGACGGAGACAGAAGAUGAUGAGGAAGGAGCAGGUGACAAAAGGAUGGAUCUUAUGGAACUUCAGUACUACUUUGAGCAAGCAGGGGCAGGAUUAUCAAAAAAUGAAGUGUUCUGCACAUCAGCAGCACUUUACAACUUGGGUCAACGAGAAAUCAUAAAGAAGUACAGGUUCUGGGGAAAGAUAUUUGGUCUUGAAAAGAAUUACAUCAUUGCUGAGGUGGAGCUAACAGAAGAGGAGACUACGCAACGCAUUGAGGAACAAGAGAGACUGGAAGAAGAACGAAGAGCAGCACUGGAAGAAGCUGAGGCAGAGGCAGAACAAGAGGCUAAACCUGAGGAGAUUAUACCACGACCACCUAAAUCCAUGUAUAAGAAGCCACCUGAUGUGCCACCAGAAAAAAUAGGUGAAGGCACAAAUCAAAAGGUCUACUUUGUUUGUAAUAGACCUGGGGAAGAAUGGAUAGAAUUACCCAAUGUUACACCCCAACAAAUUACUGCUGCUCGUCAAAUUAGAAGAUAUUUCACAGGAAAUCUGGAUACAGAGAUGUUUACAUAUCCACCAUUCCCUGGAAAAGAGAUUAAUUAUCUUCGAGCACAGAUUGCUCGUAUAUCUGCAGGAACUCAGAUCUCUCCACUUGGAUUCUAUAAUUUUGGAGAGGAUGAGGAAGAAGAAGUUGAAGAAGAAGAAGGAGAGGAAAGGAUCCCUGUUCCAAAUGCAGCUUUUGAGCCAGUGCCUUUAAGAGAUCUUCUCGAUCCAAGCAUGUCCUUCUGGGUCCAUCACGGAAGGCACAUAUUGAAGCAAGGCCGGACGAAAUGGUGGAAUCCAAAGCAAAAGUCAGAGGAUGAGGUUGAAGAAUCAAUACAUGAAAAAGAAGAAGAAGAAGAAGAAGAAGUAGAACCAGAAGUAGGACCUCCAAUGUUCACACCCCUUUCAGAGGAUGCAGCACUAGAAACUAUGCCUGCUUGGAGUGUUCGAAUAGGAUCUCAAAUUGUUAAAGAUACAGCCAUUGCCUUUGUUCGUUCAAAUUUAUGGCCUGGUGCAUUUGCUUUUGCAGCAGGCAGGAAAUCUGACAAUAUUUAUUUGGGAUGGGGCCACAAAUAUGUUGCUCAUAACUAUUCUCCUCCUGGGAUGGAGUCUAUUCAAACAGAAUACCCCCUUGGGCCAGAAAUAAUGGAAAUUGAGGACCCAUCUGUAGAACAAGAAGAAGCAUGGAGACUGGCUCGCGAGAAAAAGAAGGCUCGACCCGAAGAAGAAGAAGAAGAGGAAGAGGAAGGAGAGGAGGAGGAAGAUGAAGAUUAG